AUGUUAUUCUUCAACCACUCCAGCUCCAUGACUUUCACUCUCAUGGGCGUGCCUGGCUUAGAGUCACAACACUUGUGGCUCUCUGUUCCGUUUGCCUCCAUGCUCUUAGCCAUCCUCAUUGGCAAUGGUGCUAUCCUCUUCCUGGUUGCCACAGAGCCCACACUUCACACACCAAUGUAUCUGCUUCUGGCCCUGCUGAUGGUCGCUGACCUUGUCUCUACUCUAGCUCUUAUGCCCAAGGUCCUGUGCCUCUUUUGGUUUGAUGAUAGAGAUAUAGCUGUCCAGGCCUGUUUCACACAGAUGUUUUUCAUCCAUGGAGCUUCAGUGGUACGAUCAGCCCUACUUGUUGCAAUGGCCUUUGACCGCUUUGUGGCUGUGUGUGAGCCACUACGCUACAACACAAUCCUGAGCCAUUCUCUAGUUGGACGUCUAGGACUGGUGGCUCUCGCCAAGGGUGUGAUCCUUAUCCUGCCCAUGCCUCUUCUACUUCAAAGGCUGACUUUCUGUCACAUGAUCAUUCCUCAUACAUACUGUGACCACAUGGCUGUGGUAAAAAUGGCCUGUAGUAACACCAGACCCAAUCGAAUUUACGGGCUCUUUGUGAUCUUGCUUGUAGUGGGACUUGAUUUGCUUCUGAUUGGCUUCUCAUAUGCCCUCAUCCUUCAUGCUGUGGUACGCCUCAACUCUCGAGACGCUACCUUCAAAGCCCUCAACACCUGCUCAGCCCAUCUCUUUGUCAUCCUCAUCACUUAUGUACCUGCCCUCUUUUCGUCUAUCACCCACCGCAUUGGCCGCAACAUUCCACCUCAUGCUCACAUUAUUCUCGCCAAUCUCUAUCUUCUUGUACCUUCAAUGUUCAAUCCAAUUAUCUAUGGUAUAAAAAUGAAGGAGAUACGAGACAAGGUGGCCAAAUGCUUGUGCAGAUGA